CGGGUCGCAGCGGUGAAGGCUGGUUAAUUAAUUCACCUUGAAAACGAAGCUGCUCUAAGUGCUCAGUGGUCUCUCCUCACCCGUGGCUUUAUAAUUUCCUCUGGCCCUCCUUUUGUUUUAGUGGUACGGGUACAAAUGGGCCGGGAGCGGUGUUGAGCCAACUGCUGUGUGAAAACAGAGGCCUGAGAGGUCAUGGUUUCGGUCUGAGGAGCAGCCGACAAUGAGUGGAAAUGAGCACGACUGGCUGGCUCUCAAACCCCAGGAACCUUCUCCAUCCCAGUGCUGUGGUGGUGGCUGCAAACCCUGCAUCUAUGAUGUGUACGAGAAGGAGCUUGCACAAUGGGAGAGAGCCAAAGCAAAGCAAGACAAAAGCCUUCUCAUGGAAAAGAAGGAGCAGAGCAAUAAUUCAGAGCUGAAUCCAGAUACAUUUACUGCAUUCAGCGUAAGCUCGGUGGAGCAGCUAACAGAGGACACCUACCAGUACAGAUUUGAAUUACCGGGAAAUAGCAGCCUGUGCUUGAGUUUAGGACAACAUAUCGUGUUAAGAGGAGCGGUGAAUGGUUUGGAGGUGCAGCGAGCCUAUACCCCAAUUAGCCCAGGGAAUGCUGAAGGUUACUUUGAAGUUUUAAUCAAAUGCUAUGAAGCUGGGCUAAUGUCACAAUACAUAAAAACAUGGAAAAAAGGAGACACGGUCUUUUGGCGUGGGCCAUUUGGAGGGUUCCCGUAUCGACCUAAUAAGCAUGGAGAACUCCUCAUGCUGGCAUCCGGUACUGGUCUUGCACCGAUGCUUCCCAUCCUCCAGUCCAUAACAGAAGAUGAAGAGGAUGAAACCUUUGUAACUCUUGUUUGCUGCUUCCCUACCUUUGACAAAAUUUAUCUGAAACCUCUUCUCCAGGAUCUGGCUCGAUACUGGAACAUCAGAAUAUUUUAUGUCCUAAGCCAGGAACCUUCCCUGGAACAACUUCCCUGGAGCUAUCAGGAAAACACGUACACCGGUCGUCUUGAUGAAGGCUUAAUGAAGACUAUAAUAAAUUCCUGCAGAAGAAGGCCAUUUGUAAUUAUCUGCGGCUCUUCUGCAUUCAAUGAGGAUAUGAGCAGAUAUCUUAAAGCUGCAGGAAUUGAAGAAGAUUCCUGUUUUGUCUUUUAGCAGGAUAUUCCUGACCUGAGGAACCAUAGGCUGAGCCUUGGACGUCGUCAUUUCUCUGCAGGCAUUGCACAAAAUUGGUUGUCUUGAUAGACUUAGUUCCCUGUGCAUAUACUUAUAGAGGCCUUUGGAUCAAGUUUUUUGUCUCCAUUAUGAUUCUCACUCUUGAGUGUUUUAAGGAGCGAGUGCCAUUCCAGAGUGGCUGCUAUGUGCUGUGCCACCCACACCUCAGGGAGCAGCAUGGUAGUGAUAAUGGAAGCCUUCAUAUGCGAUUUCAGGAGGGGGAUCUCCUAAGGGCACUAAAGGUAUCCAAGUACAGAGCUCUGCUGUAACAUGAAGAUCAGUGAGUUGCUUUGCAAUCUAUGUUAGUCUGCAGUGGUAUUGUACCCUGAUAGGUGUUCCAGGGGAGAGGCUUAACCCUCAGGGAGAAGACUGCCUGGCCAAGGACCCUGGAGUCCUUGGGGUUCAUUUCAGUUGUGUCGUUACCUUGCUGGGUGAUGGCAGGCAAGUCACAUCCACCUCUCUGUGCCUCAGUUGCCCUGUUACACUCAUACAGAGAAGGAGGCACUGAUCUUCUGUGGAAAAAGCCUUUCCAGCCUGUGUUACCUACCCUGGUCCUUAACGCUUGAAAUGCUGCUUGGGGAGAGAAAGAGCGUGUCCUAAAACUGAGAGAAAGCAUCCAGGAUGUAGCUGCUGUCUGCCAGCGAGGACGUUUGUUUGCUUUCUGUGUCCCCCAAGUGUUGUAUCGCAGCUCUGGUUCAUUAAAUUGAACCUCUUUCCAAAUAAACAGCUGUUUCUGUUU